AUGAAUCCCAUUCAGGUCACAGUGAGAACAUUCGACGGUCGUGAGUGUACCGUAACUGUGGAACAAGAGGGAACAAUUGGCGAUGUGAAGAGAGCGGUGAAAGAACGAUGGCAUAUACCGGUGGAAAAACAAAAGCUUUUGUUACAUUGCACCGUUCGGCUGGACGAUCACGACACCCUGAUUCAACACAAAGUUCGCAACGGUUCCGUCCUCAUGAUUGACUAUGUGCCGGAAAGAGAGGUCAGACUGCUUCAUCCAAUUCCCUCGGUGUAUCGAACUUAUCACAUGUGA